CAGAAGUGAAGAAGACGAACCUAACCGCAAUUCGGUAAAUCAUAAAAUUAUUCCAAGGAUCGUUUAAAAUGCCGCUCGUUCUAAAGGAUGAUAAAUCGUUCAUCGAAACCAUAAAGCAAUUGAAUCUGGUCGUCAUCCACUUUGAAGCUGAGUGGGCUGAGCAAUGUACGCAAGUUAACGAACUGUUGGACGCUGUUUCUAAACAAAAAGAAUUUUCCAACGUGAAGUUUUAUAGUUGCCCCGCUGAGGAUUUGAGCGAGAUAUCAUUGAAAUAUAAAAUCGAGGCGGUACCGACGGUGAUUUUAUUUAAGUCUGGUGAGCAAAUAGACCGCGUCGAAGGCGCAGACGCCACCAAAAUAACAGAGAGCAUUAAAAAACACAAUGUCAGAAAUGAGGUCAAAGAAAAUGAGCCCAAAGAAACGCUGGAAGAAAUGCUAAAAGCUUUAAUUAACCGGUCAAAAGUUAUGUUGUUCAUGAAAGGCGACCGGGUCACACCGAAAUGCGGAUUUAGUAGGCAAAUGAUUGAAAUAUUAAACAACGCGGGAGUUGCUUAUGACACUUUUGACAUUUUGACGGAUGAGGAGGUGCGCCAAGGGCUGAAAACUUACUCAGACUGGCCAACUUAUCCACAGUUAUAUGUGAAUGGUGACCUUAUUGGGGGCCUAGAUAUUGUAAAGGAAAUGGUUGCCAGUAAUGAGUUACAAGCCACACUGAAUGGAUAA